AUGGAUAUACUGAAACCAAUCCGACAUGAUCCUUUCAGUGAUGUUGAGGAGACGCCUACCCUAAACCUCGAAGAGGUUGACUCUCUUGAGGCCAUUGUCAUCAUCGACAAUGAGCUCGAUCCGCUCUCACCCGCAGCUCCGGACACAGUCCAGGUUGUCGGAAACCUGGCGACUAUUGCCAUGGGCUCCAAGCAUACAUUGACCGACCGCGGAGUAGCCUGCAAGGAACUAAGACUGGAAGACGUGUGCUGCGCAGCGCAUGGCUUGUCGAUUCUGCUGACUGCCACUAAGGGCGACAAAAAACACUGUAUUCUCUUCGAUGCUGGCCCUGAAGAGGAGGUAUGGGAGAGAAACGUAAAGCGGCUUGGACCGAAUCUCUCCUCUGUGGAAGUGGUCCAUCUAUCGCAUUGGCAUCGUGAUCACUCCGGUGGCCUUCUGCGGGCAAUCCGCAUGAUAAAUGACGCCAAACGAGCCGAAAACCGCUCAGAAGACCUCGUCGCGGACCUGCACCCGGAUCGACCGGUCUACCGAGGUAUUGCCAUACCCGAGCAUAUCAUUUCCCUCGAAGCAGACCCUAGGUUUGAGGAGAUAGAAAGUGCAGGUGCCGUAGUCGAGAAGCACAGCGGUCCACACACCGUGCUCGACGACUUCUUCCUCAUCUCCGGCGAGAUCCCCCGGGUCACGCCGUACGAGACGGGCCUCAGAAACGCCAUGAGAUAUGACCCUGACGAGAACGACUGGUUCUCAGACGAGCUAAUCGUCGAUGAACGUUCUCUAAUCUGCAAUCUCGAAGGAAAGGGCCUUGUCGUCUUCACUGGGUGCAGCCACGCCGGUGUCGUCAACACAACAAAACACGCGGUCCAGCUCACAGGGGGAACAGUACCAGUCCACGCCGUGGUCGGCGGUUUUCAUCUCGCCAUGAGCCAGGCAGAUCAGAUCGAGAGCACAAUAGCUGACCUCAAGCGCCUCGAUCCUGCCGUGCUCAUGCCAGGCCAUUGUUCAGGCUGGCGAGCCAAGUUCGCCAUCGAGAAGCACAUGCCUGGGUCGUUGGUUCCCUGCACCGUCGGGUCCAGGAUUACAUUCUGA